CCCCCCUACCACCUACACAUACUGAUGGAGGCCAUAUCAGAGAGAGUAUUCACAGAACCUACAUCAUCAUCGGAGGCCAUAUCGGAUGAACCUUCUCUUCUCACUAUAAUCCUUGAUAUAUCUCCCUUGGGAUGGUACAAGUUACGCGAUCUCAUGACACUAGAAGAAAUGACCAAGAACUUGCUUGUCUUUCUCAAUGCACACUUGGCUCUUAACAACUCCAACCAGGUGGCUUUCAUAGCUAGUUCACCUAAGGGAUCGCGAUUCCUUUACCCAAACCCAGCAAAAAGUUAUCAAGAAGUGAAAGUACUGGAUGGUGCUACUUCUGCCAGAGAUUUUGUUAACAAGGGGAUGUAUCGACAGUUUAGAAUUGUCGACAAGGCCGUCUUGGAAGAAUUGAACGAGUUUCUAAAUGAGAUCAACAAAGACCAAGACGACACUAUGCUUGCAGAUCCUGCUUCUAAAUUAUCUGGUGCACUUUCCAUGGCACUUACAUAUACUAAUAGAAUGUUAACUUUGGAUCAAAGUAUAACUACCACCACCGCGUCCGCAAUUGCAUCAACCACAAGCUCCAGUGCAUCAGCAGCUAGCUCUACAGCUACGGGAGCUGGUGGAGCUAGUUCAGGCAGCUCGAGCACCUCCAUGAAAUCAAGGAUAUUGGUAGUUUCAGCAAAUGACGACAAUGACGUUAAAUAUAUACCUAUUAUGAAUACAAUCUUUGCAGCACAAAAGAUGAAAUUGUCUAUUGAUAUUAUUAAACUAGGGGACGAAGAGAAUUCGUCAUAUUUACAACAACCGUCCGAUGCAACCAAUGGUAUCUAUUUACACUUGACUGAUCCUCGAGGAAUUAUUCAAGUAUUAUCAACUGCAUAUUUUAUAGAACCAUCAUUAAGACCGUUCAUUAUCUUACCUACAAACUCCAAUGUCAACUAUCGCGCCAGUUGUUUCAUAACGGGUAAAGCCGUGGAUGUGGGAUAUGUUUGUUCCGUGUGUUUAUGUAUCAUGAGUAUUAUCCCUGACUCAAAGAAAUGUCCAACAUGCAAUUCCCAAUUUGAUGAAAGAAUAAUCCACCAAUUGACCAAGGAGCCUGAAGUGGUUAAAAAGAAGAGGAAAAUAGACAGCAAGUGAUUUAUAUACCUGUGUUGAUUAUAUCAAACUGGAAAUCCAGCGGAUAACUAUGAGCCCUGAUCAAAUGCUGCUCUCUCUCCGACAGAGAUACAAACAUAUCAGGACAAUUGGCAACUAAGCAUCUAUAUACCGCAUUACCUCUUUCAUGACUAAUUUGAAUGAAAGGAUUAUGAUACUCAUCAAUAUGUAGGUUCAAGUAAUGAUCGUUGGGGAAGUUCCGAUGGCACGUAGUGCAAACAUUAUCAUGAAAUGUAAUUAUAUGAUGUUCAUACUCAUUGUAGUUUUGAAACUUCUCAUCGCAAGGAGGUAACGUACAGGUAAUUGCAACAUGGUUGCUUCCACCAAUGUUGUUGUUGUUGUUGCUGUUCUCCUGCUCCUCCCGAGGUCUCUUUCUUUCCAUUAAAGAUAAAAUUUGCACUACAUUUUUUUUUUGGCAUAAUCAUAACUCAUUUUUAUAUGCAACUAUACAAGGGGAGGCUUAACUAUUCUCCAAUAUCUUCAUUCCAUUCUUCUGGUCUUUCAUCAAUGAACUUCUUCAUUAAUGCUUUACAUUCAGCAUCAUCUAAAUUGACAAUUUCAACACCUUCACUCUUCAAUACAUGUUCAGCACCAACAAAAUUAGCAUUUUCACCCAUCACCACUCUUUUAAUACCGUACAAUAAUACAGCACCAGUACACAUAUGGCAUGGCGAUAAUGUGGUAUACAUGGUACAGUCUUUAUAAACUUUUCCAGGUAAUCUUCCGGCAUUUUCAAGGGCUGAUGUUUCUCCAUGUAACGUAGCUGAACCCUUUUGAAUUCUUAAAUUGUGUCCACGACCGAGGACAGUGCCAUCUGAUGAGAUUAAUGCUGCUCCAAUGGGAAUUCCACCUUCCUCGUACCCUGGUUUGAGUUAGCAUAUGCAUACCAAAUAAGUUAAAGUAUCGUACAUACCCUUCUUUGCUUCUUCUAAAGCUAUUUGUAAACCUUUUUUAUCGUCAAAUGUCAUGAUAUUCGUAACCAAGGACGGGCAACUC